GCGGCGGGCGCGCGGGGUGCGGGCCGGCUCGGGCGCGGAGGAUGAAGUGGAGCGUCCGCGGGGCCUGCGCCGCGCUCUCCUCCUGCCUCCUGCUCGCCUGCGCGCUCAGCGCCGCCGCCGUCGGCCUCAAGUGCUUCUCGCUGGGCUCGGAGCUGCGCGGGGAGCCGUUCCGCCUGGGGGCCGCCGCCGGCGCCUUCUACUCGGGGCUGCUGCUGGCCGCCGGCCUCUCGCUGCUCGGCGCCGCCCUGCUCUGCUGCGGGCCCCGGGACGCGCCCCUCACGGGGCCGGAGCCGGGCCCGGGUCUGGGGGUCCCCGCGGCCUCCGCGGGAGCUGCCGAGGCCGCGCCGGGCGAGCCGGGGGCCGCGGCCGGGGCCCCGGGCCCGGUGAGCAGCCAGAACCUGCUCCUGCUCGGCGUCCUGGUCUUCAUGCUCGGGGUCCUCAGCGCCUUCGCGGGCGCGGUGAUCGACGGCGACACGGUGUCGCUGGUGGAGCGCAAGUACUCGCACUACUGCCUGCCCCCGCGGGCGUCCGGCUCGGCCCCACCCGGCGCGGCCCCGGGUUCGGCCCCCGGCGCGGCCCCCGGCGCCCAGCGCUCCCGCAGCACCCUGGACAGCGCCACGUCCGCCAAGUGCCGGCAGCUCAAGGACUACCAGCGCGGCCUGGUGCUCUCCACCGUCUUCAACUCGCUCGAGUGCCUGCUGGGCCUGCUCAGCCUCCUGCUGGUCAAGAACUACCGGUCGUCUCAGGCCCGGCGCGGUCGGCGCGGACGGCGGAGGGGAGGCCGGGCCCUGGCGCGGCCCCGCGGUGGCUCCGGGCUCCGCGCGCAGACGCCCGCCUCUCGGGCGCGCCGGGGCCGGCGGGGCCGGCGUGGGCGGCGGCUGCAGCCGCGGCCGAGCGAGGCCUCCAUCCUGUCCCCGGAGGACUCGGACCUGGUCGCCCCCGGGGACUGCGCGGGCUUCGCGGCGCACCACGCGGUCUCCUUCAUCAACGUGGGCGUCCUCCACGCGCUGGACGAGGCGGGCGCGGAGGUGCGCUGCGGGGGGCACCCGUCGGUGGAGCUGCCGGGGUACGCGCCCUCGGACCCCGACCUCAACGCCUCCUACCCCUACUGCUGCCGGCCGCCCUGCGAGACGCCGCGGCCCUGGGAGACCAGCCGGGCGGCCUGCUGAGCCCGCGGGACGGACCCCCACUCUGCGCCCCGCUCAGGACCCCCCGCGGCGAGGGAGGACCGGCGGCGGGGGCGGGGGCCUGGGCCAGGCCUCAGGGGCGCCGCCUCUUCCACGUGGCCCCUCUGCGGGGCUCCGUGACCACAGGAGGGGGUCCCUGGUGUGACCAUUUCUGUAUCGGGGAGGUUUCUCUUCUUAUCUGUGUCGUUCAUAUCUGGAUUCCAUUUCCAAGUUUACAAUAAAUGUUUGGGCUUGACUGGCCCGACCGCA